GCGCGAGAAGCGGCUUGGUUCCCUCUGCGCAGAGGCGGUAGUGACACAGGCACAACUGACAGUGGCAGAAGCUCAGCUGACAAGGACUGGGGACGGCGGUGUCCUUGUCUUGCCUUUGUCGCCCCCGCCCCUCUCUUCCCUGGCUGGACCUGCGGAGUCCCCGGCGAAGAACCUGCGGAGCCAUAUAUUGAAGACCAUGUCUGGAAGCUUCUACUUUGUAAUUGUUGGUCACCAUGAUAAUCCAGUUUUUGAAAUGGAGUUUUUGCCAGCUGGGAAGGCAGAAUCCAAAGACGACCAUCGUCAUCUGAACCAGUUCAUAGCUCAUGCUGCUCUCGACCUCGUAGAUGAGAACAUGUGGCUGUCGAACAACAUGUACUUGAAGACUGUGGACAAGUUCAACGAGUGGUUUGUGUCAGCAUUUGUCACCGCGGGGCAUAUGAGGUUUAUUAUGCUUCAUGACGUAAGACAAGAAGACGGAAUAAAGAACUUCUUUACUGAUGUUUACGAUUUGUAUAUAAAGUUUUCAAUGAAUCCAUUUUAUGAACCCAAUUCUCCUAUUCGAUCAAGUGCAUUUGACAGAAAAGUUCAGUUUCUUGGGAAGAAACACCUUUUAAGCUGAAUGGAGAAAAUUCCAAAAUAAAUGAUGUCACCACAAUGGUGUAUACUCAGGAAUGUGUACAUUGUAAAUUACUUGAUUAAAUAGCCUGGAAAUCUUUUGUAUAUUCUCAGCUUAUCUAAACUUAAUGAAAUUCCUUUUAUAUUUAAAAAUGGUACAUUCUGUCUCAUGUCACAUAUCAAUAGAUCAAUUAGUAUUUCCUUGUGAACAGUGUUAUUUAUAAAGAGCUCAUUAUCAAUAAUAAUGAAUUUUUUUCUUUCUUUUUUUUUGAGAUGGAGUUUUGCUCUUGUUGCCCAAGCUGGAGUGUAGUGGCACAAUCUCGUCUCACUGCACACUCCGCCUGCCAGGUUCAAGCAAUUCUUCUGCCUCAGCCUCCCGAGUAGCUGGGAUUACAGGCUCCCACCACCACGCCUGGCUAAUUUUUUUUGUAUUUUUAGUAGAGACGGGGUUUUGCCAUGUUGGUUAGGCUGGUCUUGAACUCCUGACCCCAUGAUCUGCCUGCCUCGGCCUCCCAAAGUGCUGGGAUUACAGGCGUGAGCCACCGCUCCCGGCCGUGAAAUAUUUUUACUUAAAAAUUGGGAAUAAGCUUUCCCUCCCUCCCUCCCUCCCUCCCUCCCUUCCUUCCUUUCUUGAUGGAGUCUGGCUCCUGUUGUGCAGGGCUGAAGUGCAGUGGCACGAUCUUGGCUCACUGCAACCUCCACCUCCCGGGUUCAAGCAAUUCUCCUUCUUCAGCCUCCCGAGUAGCUAGGAUUACAGGCAUGCACCACCACGCCUGGCUAAUUUUUGUAUUUUUAGUAAAGACGGGAUUUCACCAUAUUGGUCAGGCUGGUCUUGAACUCCUGACCUCGUGAUCCGCUUGCCUCGGCCUCGCAAAGUGCUGGAUUACAGGUGUGAGCCACUGCACCCGGCCAUGAAAUAUUUUUUACUUAAAAAUUGGGAAUAAGCUUUUUGUGUGUGCGCGUAUGUGUGUGUGUUUGUUUGUUUGUUUUUGAGAUGGAGUCUUGCUCUUGUCAUGCAGGCUGGAGUGCAGUGGCACGAUCUUGGCUCACUGCAGCCUCUGCCUCCCAGGUUCAAGCAAUUCUCCUUCAGCCUCCAGAGUAGCUGGGAUUACAGGCAUACGCCUGGCUAAUUUUUGUAUUUUUAGUAGAGACAGGGUUUCGCCAUUUUGGCCAGGUUGGUCUUGAACUCCUGACCUCAGGUUAUCUGCCUGCCUCGGCCUCCCAGAGUGCUGGGAUUACAGGUGUGAGCCACUGAGCCUGGCCGGGAAUAAGCUUUCGACUUGCCCAAUUCAGAUAAGUUGAUCUUUUUUUUGUUUUUUGACAUGGAGUUUCGCUGUGUCAUCCAGGCUGGAGUGCAAUGGCGCUUGGCUCACUGCAACCUCCGCCUCCUGACUUCAAGCGAUUCUCCUGCCUCAGCCUCCCAAAGUGCUGGGAUUACAGGUGUGAGCUACCAUAUCCGGCCCAGAUAGGUUGAUCUUAUAACAAUCCAAAAACAAAUGUCAUAGUCAAGAUUUGGUAGAUAGAUUUAAAACUAAAAUAUUCUGCCGUUGGAAGUGAAAUGUGGUAGCACAUACAUGGACGUUAUACAUUUAGAGAUGUUAUAAAAAUGUAUUGGCAGUAUACAUAGCACUACUCAAGAAGCCAAAGAAACACUUGUGCAGUGCUAAGUGUCACAUGUCUGCUUCUGCCAGAGGCUAGGAAUAGUGAUCCUGCUAUAAUGUGAGAACCUGAAUCAUGUUUGUAAAAUAGGAGGCUGGGAGCAGUUCCAGGCCACAGUGAAGUGUGUUGCUUCUGUCACUUUUUUUUUUUUUUUUUUUUUUAGAGCUCGACUUAGUUUUAUUUUUUUUUUUAUUUAUUUAUUUUUUUUUUUUUUAAUUUCUGAAGUAUUUAUUGAUCAUUCUUGGGUGUUUCUCGGAGAGGGGGAUAUGGCAGGGUCAUAGGAUAAUAGUGGAGAGAAGGUCAGGAGAUAAACACAUGAACAAAGGUCUCUGGUUUUCCUAGGCAGAGGACAUCACCACUCCCUAAUCUCAAGUACUCAGGGGCACAAACACUGCAGAAGGCUUCUGUCACUUUAUAUUCUUAUAUUUCCUUUCCCUCAGACAAUCAGCUGUUGAUACCUGUACUUGUAAAACGUUGUAAGGCAAUUUUUAGGGUUGUUGUCAAAGAAAAGCUUGGAUUACAUUAACAUUUGUACUCAGCCUUUUAGGCAGUACACUAGAGGGGGCUGGGAAUUGUCUGUUUGUUCCUAUGAUAAGUAGAUCUUACUGUAAAAUAGUAAAUGUCCAUUGAAAAGCAAGUAAUACAACCUGUGCUUACUGGGAGCACUUGAACAAUUUUGUUCCAUUCUGAGUAACUUUUCAGCAAGUAAUUCUAAGCUUUGUCUUAUAUCCUUGUGUAAAAUUGCUACCAUCAUUUUUACCGUAUUUGAUUUCCUAAAUAAAGAUGUUUGCUCAAGAAAAAAAAAAA